AUGGAAGUACAUCAAUGUAAAUGGCAGAUAAGUAAUGAAUAGAACAAGAACAAUAAAAAUUAUAGAUAUGGCAGAGCAAUAAAUUACGAACUAGUGGUAAUUCAUACAAAAGAUUAGACACACUAAAGAUACGCAUUGACCAUACCAUGUGAGUUUUCAGUAGACCACGAGUAGGCCGGCCACGUCUUCUCUCGCGACUUGUUCAAAUUACUUGGUAAAAGAUAAUUAAACUUGUUCAGCAGCUAUUGCCCUCCUUGGAAACCAGAAGCGAUGUCACGCGUACUGGCCUGGAACGAAGACAACCGUCAGCUUUGUACAAAGCAAGACCUCUGGUGCAAACGUUGAUGCUAACAUGCAAUCUGAUGUAUCGAUGCUAAGCAUCGUCUACCACUUUACAUCUGUGUCACAUGACAUCACACAGAGAUAUGAUGCUCUGACCAACUCUACUGUACCGCACGUGACACCGCUGCGCAGCCAAUGCCAGACUAAGCUGUCAGAAUCUUCUGAAUCUGAAUUACUGAAUAAACUUUGCAGACUUGAUAUCGAAAUUUAA